AUGUCAAGAUAGUUCGAUAAUAGCAUAUAAGAUUAAUCAUAAAACUAUGAUAAUAUGAAUUCAUUGGAAGAUAUAGAUCCUUCUUUGUAGGAUGGAUUUUAAAUAGUGUAUGAUAGAGAAGUACCUCUUGAGCUAAGAACAAUCAUCAACAAUUAGCAAUCCUAAGAAGUAGGAAGUCUUGAGAGCAUUAAAGUCAAAAUUUUAAUUAAGCCCAGUUAGAAUUAACAUCCUGGUGGUGAUUUAAGUGAUUAAGCAAUUAAAAUAGAAUUUACUAGCGAAACAGAUUUGUUCUUUUUCUAUAUAACAAUCAUCAAUUAUGAAUCUUUCAAGUAAAUCAAAGAAGACAAUAAGUUAAAAAUGGAGUACGGUUAAUUCCUCUAGUAGUUGAUUAAGCUUUUUAAUUAAUGCUAUAAAGAACCCCAUAAUUUUUUUGGUAUAUUUGAAAUGGAAGAAGAAGGAAGAGCAAACUUGAAACUGAUAGAAAAUAUGGAAUAUAAGUUCUUAGAAAUACUUUCUCUAGAUUUCGUAGCUUGUGAGGAAGAUUUAGUUAAAUAAAAUGUUAUUUAUAGGUAUAAUAUUUUAAAGGCAAAGAUGCUUUUCGUUUAAAGUAGACUUGAAGACAUUUCAAACCUAAUAAAGCUGAAAAAUCCUUCACUUUUAGUUUAAAUAUAAAAAAAUACUUUAUCAGGAAAUUUCAGUGCUUCAACCAUGAGAAAUAGUGCAAACUAAAGCAAAUAUAAUCCAAAUAAUUCUCGUUUCUUAAAAUGA